AUGGGACAGCCGACGCCUACGCCGACAGUGCCGGGCUACAGUUUCUACAUCUGCCUGCUGGCGUUCACGCUGGUCCUCGGCGUUACUAUCGGCUUCGGCAUCUUCACGGCGCUCUGGACGAUCAAGAGGCAGAACGACAUGAUCGCUACCGAGGAGCACGUCGCCGAGGCGAAGGCAAUGGGCGAGCAUCCUGGCUGGGGCGGCCGCAUGAUUGGAAUCGAGUUCAUCGGCAUCGGCUUCAGGUAUCUUUUCCUGACGCCACCCAUCGCAGCCGCAGAGAUCAGCACCGCCGCCGCCACUGCUGCCUUCAGAACCACCGCCUGCCAGCGCACCACCUACCGCAACAUCGGCACGAUCGAGGUCAGCGAGAUCUCAGAGUUCGGGUUCAGCCCCUACCUCACCAAGCAUAGUCACCGUAUCGAGUCCAUCGAGGCGCUGGAAUGCGCGCGCGAACUGGGGCGGCUGCUGCGCGACGCGGGCGAGGCCGACGAGGCCGAGGCCCUCCUGCGGGAGGCGCUGACGGUGGGCGGGGACGCGCUGGGGCCGCGGCACCGCACGACACUGCUCGCCGCCUCCGGCCUCGGGGCGCUGCUGCAGGCGCAGGGCCGGCUGGAGGAGGCCGAGCGGUUGCACGCGGAGGCCUUGGGCGGUUUCCGCGAGGUCUUCGGGCCCUGGCAUCCCGCCACCGAGCAGGCGGCAGAGGACCUGCAGGCCACCCGCCGGCUCCGCGCGGAGCGGUCUACGGGGGCUCCGGCGCGGCGGCGGAGCUCCUCGCCUUCUGCGGGCGGGGCGCCCUCCGGGCCUGCUGGGGGCGGCUCCGUCUCUGCGGCCCGCGGCCUGGCCCGCGGGGCGGAGCAGCAACUCUAG